GGCUGCUUACGAUAGGGUUGGGAUUGAAUUUCUGUUGAGAAUGGCACAUUAGCGUUACGUGCAAGUUAUUUCUUCACUAAUCGUUGAAGCAGUUUGUCGUUUUAGUUCUGCGUUCAAAGUUAUCCCCAAUAUUCUUCAUCAUGAGCCGCCAACUUCUAGGAGCCGAUGCUAGUGAUCUGACACAGCAGGGGUACGAAGAUGUGGUGCAAUGUCCCUAUGAAAAAGCUCAUCAGAUAAUGGCUUUCCGUAUGCAAACGCACUUGUAUAAGUGCCGUAAAAAUCAUAAAGACUUGAAGUAUACUAAAUGCCCCUUCAAUCAACUUCAUGAUAUACCGGAGCAGGAACUGAAGAUUCACAUGGUCAACUGUCCUGACAGAGAGACAUUUGAUCGAUAUAAAUACUGUAUUUCAACUUCAUCGGCGGCGUUUGCCCCCGAAGUGGAAUCAAACGCAGUACCAUCCGUGCAGCUGACGUAUGGUCUGAACGAUGAGGACAAUGAAACAUGGGACUCGGGCUACAAAGUGAGGGCUUAUAAUCCUCGUGCUUACGCAGCUCGUACGAAUGUUAUUCGAAAGGCUACUGGGAUGACACCAUCCGAGAAGAGAGCCUUCAGAGAGGCAGAACGUCAACGUUUCCAUGAGGGCGGUCGCCGUUACAAAGUUCAGCCAUCAGAAUAAAUCUUCAUUAUUCGGAUAUCACUGACUGAGAUAUUUUUAAAUUAAUAACAGAAUAAAGAAAUGUUAUCGAAAUAA